GAACUUCCUCGAGUACCGGGAUGUCGUGGAGAGCUUCUCGCACGAGAACACCAAGAGGAGGAAGACGGAAGUCACGACAAAGGGCGGCAAGGUUGACAAGAAGUUGGUGCGAGACAUGGAGAAGUUGAACCUCGAGGAUAUCAAGCCCGAGGAUUGGGAAAUGCCGGACGAGGACCUAGGGGAGGCCCUGGACGACAUGGACGUCGACGAGGAUGUCAAGAACAUCGUGAUGCUGAAGAUCAACAAGGCUGCUUCCACCCAGGCAUCCACCUCUCAGUCGACUUCGGGCUCGGACGACGAGAGUGACCAGAAGAAGAAGAAGAAGCUUAAGCUGAAGAUCUUGAAGAAGGCCAAGAAGGAUACGAAAUCCAAGACAUCCAAGUCGAGCUCCUCCAAGUCGGGCGACCUGAAGGAUUUGGAGAAGACUUCGCAGCUGGGUGACAGCGAUGGCAAGCCCGAGUUCAAGCAGAAGAUUGCCAGCUUCGAGACCGCGAUGUCGCGAGACAUGGACUACUUCAAGGACCUUUCCUCUACGGAUGCGACUGAGAAGAUGUUGAUCGAUGGAGCCCGUGACGCCUUGCAAAAGGCGGCAUCGGAGUUGGGCAAGGCUAAGAAGUCGCUGAAGAUGGAGAGUGUGAAGUCUGCCCUGCUGCUCAGUUUCGAGGCCCUGAAGAAGUCGAAGGCGGCGAAAGCUUAUUGCAAAGGCGGAUCCGCAAAGCGGAAAUCCAGCUGA